AUGACGAAUUUAAAUGAAAUAACAGUUCGUACUGCGAUGAUUGUGGUUCAUAUAAAAAUAGACCAGGCAUUUAUUGAAUUACUUGGUCAUAAAAUUGGAAAAACUGCCAUGGAUCUGUUUGAGGAAGAUUAUAACUCUUAUCUACAAUAUAUGGAAUAUAAACCACUAAUAAAAUAUAUUAAAGGAGAAGAAGAAGAGAAAUUAAAAAAAGAUGAUUGGUUAAUCGAAAUUAAAUAUGACAAUGUCAAAAAAAUAUGGGUGGAUUUGGUGAAUCCAAAUACUUACAAAAUAGAAUUAAACAAGAAUUUUCGAAAGAAGAAGUGGCAAAUGUUUUUUGUGGAUAAACAACCUAUUGUAUCUAUUAUGAAAGGAGCUGUUAAAUAUGGUCUUACAAGAAUCAUUAAGAAACGAAUAUUGAAAUGGGAUUAUGGUACUAUCGCAGUGUUUGAAACCAUAUUAUUAAGUCAACAAAAAAUGAAUAUUGAUAUGUAUACUACAGUGUCAGACGAUGCAAAAUAUUUACGAGAUGUAAAGCUACUUCGAAAAUGGGAAGUUAAUUUGACUGAGUUAGAUAAUUAUGAAGAUGAUAAUACAAUUAAAUUCACUUUAAAAUUUGAUGUGGAAAUGUCCGCUACUGCUAAAAAUAAGGAAGGAAUUGAAAAGCGUAAGAAAAAAGCAAGUUUUAAACUUUGCCUGGAUCCCUCAUUAUGGUUCGAUGUUUAUCUUCAAACAUUACCCGAUUUUGCUGAAGCGGUUAACAUUGCAAGACAAUAUGUUACAACCACACGCUUAAACAUUUCACCCGAGGAAGAAGCUCCGUUUAUUAUCGAUUAUAAUGAGACAGAAAAAGACAAAGCAUUUAUUAUUUGUCCAUACGAUUUUACUUGUAGUAAUGGUCGAAUUGUGAAAGAUCAUCCUAAAAUAUAUUGUGAUGCAAAGAACUGUGAACAUUAUAAUAAUGAAACCUUGGUACAACAAGAGACAUUUUGGAAAGAGUUGUUAAAGUGCCACGCGUAUGUUCACUUGUAUUUUAAUUCAAAUACAUGGGUUCAAGUGAAGAAAAAUAUAUGGAAAGCAGUAAUUUUAUUGAAACUUGAUGCUAGAGAUUAUCCUGGACCAAAUUAUUUACUACAGGAUUGUGUUGGAAAAAAGGUUGCAAUCAGCAGAACACCAACUUAUGCUGAAGGCAAUUUCUAA